AUGCGGUUUGGGAAAACCCUCCGCAAUGCGGUGUACCCUCCCUGGAAAGGGAAGUACAUUGACUACACCAAGCUCAAGACCCUGUUAAGGGAGAAUGAUGUCACCGGAGAAGACGCCAGUGACUCGGAAGACAACGAAUGGACCGAGCAGGAUGAGGAGGCAUUUGUGCAGGAGCUGCUCAAUGUGCAGUUGGAGAGAGUGAAUUCCUUCCAGGCAGAGACCUCGCAACAACUCCGAGAACGGACCACCGCCUGUGAAGCUAAAUUGCGACCCUUGGCAUCCGAUGCCGAACAAGAAGAGCCCGCCCUCGACGAUCAGAAGAAGCGCUCCGUGGCCUCGGAGGUGCUCCAGGAGCUGGACAGCAUCACCAAGGAAGUCAGUGCGUUGGAGAAAUACAGUCGGAUCAACUUCACCGGAUUCCUCAAGGCCGCCAAGAAGCACGACCGCAAGCGAGGAGCGCGGUACCGGGUGAAACCGUUGCUCCAGGUGCGACUGUCGCAGUUGCCGUUCAACUCGGAGGACUAUUCGCCGCUGGUACAUCAACUCUCGGUGAUGUACUCAUUUGUUCGCGAGACCCUCAGUCAUGACAUCGUGCAACCGAAGGAGACGGAGCGUGGCUCUGGGCGGGAGACCUAUUCAUCAUACAAAUUCUGGGUUCAUGCGGACAAUGUUUUGGAGGUGAAGACGCAUAUUUUGCGACGGUUGCCGGUUCUAAUUUACAACCCGGGAACCUCGAAACACAUUGAUACCGUCACCGAUGACCCCACCAUUACCUCUCUAUACUUCGACAACCCCCAAUUCGACCUUUACAACCAAAAGGUGGCACGAGCCCCCGAGGCCGGAUCUUUACGGCUGCGAUGGACCGGAUCCCUCAAGGACAAGCCGUCCAUCUUCUUGGAAAAGAAAGUCGUCACCGACGACGACGAAAGUCGACAGGUGAAAGUGCAACUGAAGGACAAGCACGUCAAGGAAUUUUUGGACGGAGAAUAUCACUUUGACAAGAAGUUGCUCCGCAUGGAAGACCCCAACAAUGGAGACGCCGCUGCCGCCGAGGCGUUCAAACGGGACGUCGAUGAGGUGCAGUCAUUCAUCAAAGACAACGACUUACAGCCUAUGCUCCGGGCCAACUAUACCCGCACCGCGUUCCAAAUCCCCGGAAAUGAUCGUAUCCGGGUCUCCCUCGACACCAACCUGGCUCUGAUCCGGGAAGAUUCACUUGACAGCGAGCGCCCAUGCCGUGAUGCAGCCAAGUGGCACCGCGAUGACCUGGACGAUGCCGAUAUGACAUAUCCCUUUGAUGGCGUCCGGACUGGAGAAAUCACCCGUUUCCCCCACGCCUUGCUCGAAAUUCAGCUUCGAGGCAAAGCUCACAACACCGAAUGGGUCAAUGACCUGAUGGUCUCCCACUUGGUCAAGGACGCCCCCCGUUUCUCCAAAUUCGUCCACGGUGUGGCCUCAUUGUUUGAGGACCAUGUCAACAGCUUCCCCUUCUGGCUCAGUGGCCUCGAGGGUGAUAUUCGCCGUGACCCGGAGACCGCCUUCCACGAGGAACAAGAGCGACUCGCGAGGCGCGCCGAGGAGGACAUGGCUGUGGGCAGCUUCAUGGGCGGCGCUGGUAGCCCCAGUGCCCGCCCUCUUGUUGGAUCUUCUUUCCAGCAGUUCUCUGCGGGCUCUCCUUCUACAGUGCGACGGCCCUCUGGCGUCACCGAGCCUUCAUCUCGACCUCGUCCCUCCAUUCCUGCCCCCGAGCGUCGUGAUACCGAAGUUGUGUCCGAAGUUGACGAAGAGCCCGCGCCCCCCAGCCGCCUGGAGACCAUUAUCACGUCCCUGGGGCUUUCCCCCGAGCGCUGGCUGGGCAAGGAGUCUGUCUCUCUGCCCCCUGGAGUCCGACACCCAGGGUACUGGAUCAAGGACGUGGGCCCGGUUCGCGUCGAGAGCAAGGUUUAUCUUGCUAAUCAGCGCACCUUCAUCAAAUGGUUGCACAUCAGUAUUCUGCUGUCCAGUUUAUCCUUGGGUCUUUACAAUGCUGCUGGCAAGCACAACCAGGUGGCCCAGGCCCUGGCAGUCGUCUACACCUUCUUUGCCAUCUUUGCCGCGGUCUGGGGAUGGGCUAUGUAUGAGCGACGGGCUCGCCUCAUCCGCCAGCGCAGCGGAAAGGAUCUCGACAACAUGUUUGGCCCUAUUGUGGUUUGUAUUGGUUUGGCCAUUGCCUUGGUUCUGAACUUUGUCUUCAAGUACUCCUCGGCGUUGGAACAAAGCCGCAAUCAUCCGCUUCCCGCUGUCCCUGACCACUCGAAUUCCUCUAUUUCUGGAGUCACUUGGAGCCAGAACCCAGCCCAGCAAGUGUUGUAG